GGGAAAGCCGUGCACACAGAUCUAAGCCAGCUGCCCGGAUUCAAACACUUGAAGGAGGCACUCCUCGACUCCUCGUACUCACAGGACGACGGAAAAACCCCACGAAGGAGCAACCGGGAGGAGAGAGAGACGUCUCGGAGUCUGCCUCCGACCUCCAGGAGUCAAAGGGCACUUGUUGGGGGGGCUUCAAGCAAACUGACCUCUAAGAGCCGGGUUGCGUUGGAGGAGGAGGAGGAGGAGGAGGAGGAGGAGGCAGUCGGUGGGAGGUGGGAGGCCACGGCGGGGCUCCUGCACCACUCGAGGAGGAGAAGGGAGACGGAGGAGCAGUCGCGAGGGGGGCCGAGAGGAGAGGAUAUGGCCACGGGAGAGAUCACCACACUUCCCUCCACGCCGGAAGAUGGCGGCGGCGGCUUCGCUCCCGGUGCGUUCAGGGACCCCAAGAGGCUGUACUGUAAGAACGGGGGCUUCUUCCUCAGGAUCCGCUCCGACGGCGGCGUCGACGGGAUCCGGGAGAAGAGCGACCCACACAUAAAGCUCCAGCUGCAGGCCACCUCGGUGGGGGUGGUGGUCAUCAAAGGACCGUCCGCUAACCGCUACCUCGCCAUGAACCGGGACGGCCGGCUGUUCGGAGCGAGACGAGCGACGGACGAAUGCCACUUCCUGGAGCGGCUGGAGAGCAACAACUACAACACCUACCGCUCCAGGAAGUACCCCAGCAUGUACGUGGCGCUCAAGAGGACCGGGAAGUACAAGUCCGGCAGCAAGACCGGGCCGGGCCAGAAGGCCAUCCUGUUUCUGCCCAUGUCCGCCAAGUGCUAGAAGAAGAAGACGAAGGAGAAGAAGUGACGGCAGCGAAGAAGAAGAUGAAGAUUUGACGGUAACAAAGAUGAAAAUGAGGUGGCGGCAACGAAGAAGAUGAGACGGAAACAAAGAAGAUGUGACUCAACGAAGAAGAAGAUGAAGUGACGGCAGCGAAGAUGAAGAAGAUUUGACGGGAACAAAGAUGAAGAUGAUUUUACGGCAACAAAGAAGAUGAAGAUGUGACGUUAACGAAGAAGACGAAGAUGUGACACCAACGAAUAAGAUGUGACACCAACGAAGAAGAUGAAGAUGUGACGUUAACGAAGAUGUGACUCAACGAAGAAGAUGAAGAUGUGACGUUAACGAAGAAGAUGUGACUCAACGAAGAAGAUGAUUUGAUGGCAACGAAGAUGAAGAUGUGACGUUAACGAAGAAAACGAAGAUGUGACACCAACGAAGAAGAUGAAGAUGAUGUGACGUUAACGAAGAAGACGAAGAUGUGACACCAACGAAGAAGAUGAAGAUGUGACUCAACGAAGAAGAUGAAUAUGUGACGUUAACAAAGAUGUUACUCAACGAAGAGGAUGUGACGUCAACAAAGAAGAUGAAGAUGUGACUAAAGAUGAAGAAGAGUUGGGGCCCCGCUGCCCCCCACCCUGAGCUGUGGCGCCUCCCCCUGCGGCCCAGUGGCUCUCUGGCUGCUGCCCAGUGGAACCAGCUCACACCGCAGCCAGGUGCCUUGCUCAAGGGCAGCGUUCCCUCUCUGGCCGGCGGGGUUUGAAACCGCGACCUUCAGAUGACCUCCCACCGCUGCGAGAGGAAUAUCUCCAUGACGUCGGCGACGCACCUGAAGGACUUUAUUUAAAGAUUCAACUUUUUGUUUGACAAAGAACUCAAAAACAAAAACAUCCAGAAACCUGAGCAGCCGUUAGCGAGAGGAUCAUUUUAGAUCUGUGCACCGGAGCAUAACUUCUACAUUUAUUAAUAACUUCUACAUUUAUUAAUACGAGAUAAAAGGUCAUGAAAGGCAGUUAAUUAAAAAAAAAAAAAUAAGAUGAUUUUUUAUCUUUGCCAGUCAUUUUAAUAUGAAUAU